UUAGAAGAAGGGGGGGCAGCUACCACAGCGUGCUUCAGUUCUCUGCGAAGACGCUGUUCUUUCAACAAAGCUGCCAAUGCUGAAUAACAUCUAUACGGUCCGGCCGCGGUACCUAGACUUCGGGUUGUUGCCGCGGGCUUCAGCAACGACAUAGCUUCCGCCCCCCCUCUUUUUAGGACGCGAGUGGUGCGGCCCAACGGGCAACCGCUUCCUCCUCCAGUUCGCUUGGCUUCCAAGUCUUUGCCGCCGCCUCAGAGGCGGAGGAAGGUUGGGCGAGGGGCCUCUUGCGUGCGUGGCGGAGUCCUUCUCGCGCGGGCCCCAAGAUGUCGGUGGCGUUCGCGGCACCCAGGCAGCGGGGGAAAGGCGAGAUAACGCCGGCGGCUAUCCAGAAGAUGUUGGAUGAAAACAACCACCUUAUUCAGUGUAUAAUGGACUAUCAGAAUAAAGGGAAGACAUCAGAAUGUUCUCAGUAUCAGCAGUUGUUGCAUACAAACUUGGUCUAUCUAGCAACAAUAGCAGAUUCCAAUCAGAAUAUGCAAAGUAUAUUGCCUCCACCACCCACACAGAAUAUGCCCAUGGGUCCAGGAGGGAUGAAUCAGAGUGGCCCUCCUCCUCCUCCACGUUCUCACAAUAUGGGUUCAGAUGGGAUGGUAGGUGGGGGCCCUCCUGCACCACACAUGCAAAACCAGAUGAAUGGCCAGAUGCCUGGACCUAACCACAUGACUUUGCAAGGACCUGGGCCAAACCAGCUCACUAUGACAAACAAUUCCAUGAACAUGCCUUCAAGUAGUCAUGGCUCAAUGGGAGGUUAUAAUCAUUCUGUACCAUCUUCUCAAAGCAUACCUGGGCAAAAUCAGAUGACAAUGAGCCAAGGACAGCCUAUGGGCAAUUAUGGUCCCAGACCAAAUAUAAGCAUGCAACCAAACCAAGGCCCAAUGAUGCAUCAGCAGCCUCCUUCCCAGCAAUAUAACAUGCCACAGGGAGGUGGGCAACAUUAUCAAGGACAACAGCCACCAAUGGGAAUUAUGGGCCAAGUUAACCAGGGAAACCAUAUGAUGGGACAGAGGCAGAUUCCUCCAUACAGACCACCCCAGCAAGGCCCACCACAGCAGUACUCAGGCCAGGAAGACUAUUAUGGGGACCAAUACAGUCAUGGUGGACAAGGUCCUCCAGAAGGCAUGAACCAGCAAUAUUACCCUGAUGGUCAUAGUGAUUACGGUUAUCAGCAACCGUCGUAUCCUGAACAAGGCUACGAUAGGCCUUAUGAGGAUUCCUCCCAACAUUACUACGAAGGAGGAAAUUCACAAUAUGCUCAACAGCAAGAUGCAUAUCAAGGACCACCUCAGCAGCAAGGAUAUCAACAGCAGCAGUACCCAAGCCAGCAAGGUUACCCUGGACAACAGCCAGGUUAUGGUCCUUCACAAAGUGGACCUGGACCCCAGUAUUCCAAUUAUCCCCAAGGGCAAGGCCAGCAGUAUGGGGGAUAUAGGCCUACACAACCUGGCCCCCCACAGCCCCCACAGCAAAGGCCUUAUGGAUAUGACCAGGGACAGUAUGGCAACUACCAGCAAUGAAAAACGUAAUUUGAGUACAAUAGCCAGUAUCUGUUAGCAGCCGUAUUGUCUUGUCAGCGCUGUGGACUUCUUGUGAAGAGAAUCUUCCAUUCCACUUAGUUUUGGAAACAAAAAUACUCUCCCACAUUGUCGAUAAAUGGCUGUUUUACAGUGUUUUUGCCUGUUUGGGCUAGUUAUAAACAGAAGAAAUAUUCUUUUUGAAAAGCAAAUUUCACUUCUGUACUCUAGAUGGCAAUAUUGGACAGAAAAUGCAUUGACAAACAAUUUUUUUGCAAUGAGCUUAGAACUGUAUAUCAAACUGUUACAGUCUGAAAUGUAUGAACAGCAUUGUAUGUUUAUGAAGGUUAAGGGAAUUUAAUAUUUUUCCACAGAUUCUUUUUUGUAAGGGGAAAAUUUUUACAGCAGCAAUAUUUUGUAUAUUAUGUUUUUCAUAUGGAAUAUGCAAGGCAGUACACUACACACUGGGCAAGGUCAGAAAACCCAUAUAGAUAGGAAAUAUAGAUUGAGACAUGAUGAAUUUUUGAUCAUGGUCAUCUCAAAAUAUGCAAGAAGGAGAGCUGGAAAAGGAUGUUACUGAAUAUAUUCCAUUGGCAGACUCUUGUAUGCAGAAUUUAAAUCCUAGUUAUUUAAAUGACAAGAUGAUCAUGGGCAAUAUGACGGUUUAUAAAGAAAUAAUUUUGAAAGAUUUUGUGUGAAAUUAUUUUGUAAAAAUCGUUUCUAGCAGUGACAAUUUUCUGUUCUUUUGUUUUGUUACGGAAUAUGUUUGAGUUGAAUUUGUAAGUAUCUUGCAAUGGUUUCACAUAACCCAAGCUGUAAUCUUUUUAAAAAAUUACAGUGGCAAGGAUUUUGAAAGUGUUCAUUUAACCUGGCUUGAAUAUACAAAGUAUUUAAAGCAAAUAUAGAUAGAUUGAUGCAUAUUUUAUUUCAUAAGUGUAUUUAACUUUUGGUAGGAUAAUUUGUAUGUAACAAGAAUAGUAUAGAAGCUUUGGUAAAACUGUCUAAACGUUCUCCUCUGAGAGCUAAUAUCAUUAAGAAAGGAGACAUUUGUUGUGUAUGUCCAUGUUUGUACUGGUUAAUACGAGACCAAGAGUAAAUUUUAGUGAGGUUUUUAAAAAUGCCAAAUUCUUUUGUGAACUACAUAAUGCUUACAGUGUUGUAUGUGAAGUUGCCACCACCUGGAUGAACAGCAUAGCCAUAGAGAAGACAAGCUGCUGAAACUGUCUUGCAGUUGUUUUGGGUACACUACUGAAUACGGUGUGCAAAGGAAUGUGAGCAUUCUAACAUUCAGAUGUUUGAACGAAUGCAAAUAAAAUCAGCCCAGAAUAUUCAUCAUAUUUUGCUAUAUUUUAACACAGAGAUAGCAUUUAUGUAUUUUAUCUUCUGGAUUUAUUACCUAAAAUACGCAUUUUUCCAUAAUGUUAAGUAGAGAACAAAGUUGUUUUUACAUUGGUUGCAGAUUAAAAUCAAGUUUUGAAUCAAAACUCAAGGAAUAUUGGUAUAAAUGAAAUGCAUUAAGGUUCUGUGCCAAUUUUCCACCACUGUGUACUUCAUUGCUAUUUAAAACUGUACUUCAUCUACUCUAACAGAAGAAUAAAUUAUUUGUGAUUUUAA